AUGGAUUAUAGUGUCGUCCACGCACCUGGUCCUUAUACUAUACGGAUCCAAGGUCAAACCCACCACAGAAUUGGCUCCCUCAUACCGCGACAAGGCUGUCUCCCAGAAUAUCUCCAGCUUUACAUAUUUGACACAGCUAACGAACUCAAAAACCGCCUAAAUGCGAUGGGGCAAACCUCAGCAGAAGGUAACCUCGAUGAACCAACGUUAGCCCUCCUAAUCGAGAUGAUUGACGAGAACAAUUGUCUAGCAAAGAUCUUUCGUCGUGCACGAGACCACUACGAGAGCGUCGGGUCAGAGUUUACUAUUAGAUUAGUCCAAGAUAAAGGGAAGGGGAAAGAAUACGAUCUUCCAACUACAAGCGAGGUGGCAGGUCUUAUCGUGGGGGAUAUGACAUCAACAAUUGGAGAACGAGAUAUAGUGGUUCAGUUUCAAUCUGACACUUUACAGCAGUUGCGUGACGAUCACCCUCUAUAUAUGAGCCUCCAAUACCCUCUUUUGUUUCCGUAUGGUGAAUAUGGGUUUCACACAGAAAUUCCCCUGCAUCUUGAGACAGGCACUUCAAGAACAAGGCAAUUCGUGACCAUCCGUCAAUACUACGCUUCUCUGAUCCAAACACGUCCUAACCAAGGAAUGACUUUGAUCAAAGGCGGUCGUCUCCUCCAUCAAUUUAUUGUGGACGUUUAUACAGCGAUUGAAGAAGACCGACUGAGGUGGGCGAGAAAUAACCAAGAAAUCUUGCGGGCUGAGCUCUACAGCAAUGUCCUUGAUGCUGUAAGCAAAGGUGACACUGAUGCUAAAAUUAUUGGCCAGAGAUUUAUACUACCGCCAAGUUUCACCGGAGGCCCCCGGUACUUAGUUGAGAAAUACCACGAUGCUAUGGCUAUUUGCAGAGAAUUCGGCAAUCCAGAUUUGUUUAUCACGAUGACGGCCAAUCCCAACUGGAGCGAGAUUAAAGAACAUCUUCAGAAAUACGGUGGAGAUUCCCCUAAUGAUAGACCAGACAUUGAAUGUCGGGUUUUUAAGAUGAAGCUAGAUCAACUGCUCAAGGAUUUCAAAGCGGGAACUUUUUUCAAGCCAUACAAGGCAGCUCUCCACCGAAUAGAGUUUCAAAAAAGAGGUCUCCCUCAUGCACAUAUAUUAUUAUGGUUAGGAAACUCUACCAGAACACCGAGUGCAGAAGAAGUGGAUGAAAUAAUUUCGGCCGAGCUCCCGAACAAAGAGGAGGACCCAGUUGCUUACGACUUAGUCACAAAACACAUGAUCCACGGUCCAUGUGGGCUCUUCAAUCCGAAGUCACCAUGCAUGGAAAACAAUGUGUGCACGAAAAAGUAUCCUCGGCCGAAUAACGACAACACUUCGAUUGACAAAUCCGGGUAUGUGCUAUAUCGUCGGCGCCGAACCGAUAAUACGUGUACACUAAAGGCUGGAGCUGUACUAGACAACACUUUCGUCGUACCUCAUAACAUUGAGCUUCUGAAGAAGUAUGAAGCUCAUAUUAAUGUUGAAUGGUGUAAUCGGACAAGCGCGGUGAAAUACUUAUUCAAGUACAUAACCAAAGGCGUCGACCGAGCAACCGCUGUUAUUGAGAAAGGAAAUACAGCAGCUACAUCCGACGCCACAGGAUCCGGAGGAUCAAAAGAGAAAGUCCUAAGGCAACGCAAUGAAAUCCAAGACUACAUCGAAGCCCGAUAUUUAUCAGCUUGUGAGUCUAUGUGGCGAACUUUCGCAUUCCACAUACACAAAAGAAAGCCAUCAGUUGAAAAGCUUAUCAUUCACUUGGAAGGCGAACAUAAUAUUACGGUUAAAUCAACCGACAACCUCGGCCGUGUAAUCCAUAAACCAGGUAUCGAGAAGACGAUGUUCACCGAAUGGAUGGUUUUAUGCAGAAGGUCAGCGUUUGCCCGGACACUGACAUAUGUGCAGAUCCCUGAAUAUUUUGUAUGGAACAACAGUGCUAAGGUGUGGACCGAGCGUAAGAAAGGAAAAUCCAUUGGCCGAGUCGUAGCUGUCCAUCCUUCAGCAGGUGAUCGAUACUACCUGAGGGUCCUCAUUAAUAAGAUUAACGGUCCUAGAAGUUACGACGAGCUAAGAACAUACAACGACGUGAAAUACCCGGACUUCAAAUCAGUGUGUCACGCACGAGGUCUUUUGGACAAUGAUGUUGAAUGGCUCGAGAGUAUGUCAGAGGGUGCUCGAACGGCAAGCCCAUACCAGCUUCGUGAUUUGUUCGUCACAUUCCUAAACAACUGCUUCGUUGCAAGCCCUAAAGGACUAUGGGAACACUCAUGGAAAUCAAUGAGCGAGGACAUACUUCACAAGAGGCAAAGGAUCCUGGGCCACGCGAAUCUGGAACUGGACGAUAAUACCCUGGAGCAAUACACAUUGAUAGAAGUUGAAAAGUUGAUGCGCAUGCAAGAUCGCUCUUUAAACGAUUUUAAGGAUAUGCCGAAGAUCAACCCUGUUUUGCUCAAAGAGUUGGGGAACAGUUUGUGGAACCAAGAAAUGGAUUACGAUGUUGCAGAGGAAACACUAAGACAUGACAAGCAAUACAAAUUGCUGAAUGCUGAGCAACUUGCAAUCUAUGAAUCAGUCUUAAACUCUGUUGAUAAGAAAGAAGGAAAACUUUUCUUCGUAUAUGGCGCAGGGGGCACAGGAAAAACAUUUCUGUACCAGACUAUUAUAUCCAGACUUCGGUCAAGAAAACAAAUUGUCCUCCCAGUUGCUUCUUCGGGAAUAGCCGCAUUGCUACUCCCAAACGGGAGGACAGCUCAUUCUCGCUUCAAUAUUCCAUUGAAGCUCGACGAAGAUAAGCUUUGCAACAUCAAACCAGGUACAAUGCUUGCUGAACUAAUUGAGGAAACAGACCUCAUAAUUUGGGAUGAGGCACCUAUGACACACAAACAUGCUUUCGAAGCAUUAGACAAGUCGUUGAAGGACAUUAUGUCUAUCAAAAAUCCACCCGCAAAGAAUCAGCCUUUUGGCGGCAAAACAGUUAUGUUAGGGGGUGAUUUCAGACAGAUCCUACCAGUCAUUCCGCAAGGUAGAAGAGCUGAUACCGUACUAGCUUCGAUAAGCCAUUCAUAUCUAUGGAAUAGCUGCCACAAGUUCUCUUUGAAAACAAAUAUGCGAGUCAAUCAGGAUGAGAAAGAGUUUUCUGAAUGGCUUCUCAGAGUCGGGGAAGGUCGUCUAGGAGCAGAACAAGAAUAUAAGGAGGAUGGGUACCAUGACCAACUCAUAGAUAUCGAUGACUCAUUGAUUUGUCAGAGUUUUGUUGACCCAUUGAAAGAAGUUGUUGAUGCUGCAUAUGGACAAAUCAGCAGCCCAAUGAAUUCCAAGACUUCCUACACCGAUAAAGCUAUCCUCACACCCCGUAACGAAACCGUUGAUGAAAUCAAUGCUUACACAAUCUCACGGACCGACGGGGUAUCAAGAGAUUACUACAGCUCAGACAGCUUCGAGUUAUCAGAUACUUCAUCAGAUCAAAAUGAGACACUAUACUCCAUUGAGUAUCUUAACUCACUGGAAUACUCGGGUUUGCCUUCGCACAAACUUACUCUGAAAGUUGGUGCCCCAGUUAUGCUUCUCAGGAACAUAAAUCAGAAAAAGGGAUUAUGCAAUGGUACACGGAUGAUCCUAACCCACGUUGGUGAACGCGUUCUGAAGGCCGAGAUCAUCACUGGAUCCCACAUUGGAGAAGAGGUCUUGAUCCCAAGAAUUGUGCUUCUGUAUGAUGAAACAAAAUUACCGUUCACAUUACGUCGGCGGCAAUUUCCUAUCAGAUUAUGUUACGCAAUGACAAUCAACAAAAGUCAAGGACAGAGUUUAAAAGAGGUCAUCUUAUAUCUGCCUCAGCCAGUCUUCUCUCAUGGCCAACUUUACGUGGCCCUCUCCCGUGUCACAAGCAAAGCAGGAUUAACGAUCAUCAAAACUGAAGAUCCACACCAGCUGAAAGUGAAGAACAUAGUCUACAAAGAAAUAUUCAGAGGCCUUCAUCCCGAGACAGAUUAG